AGCAGGUCCUACCAAUCAUCGGCUAGACAACUGCGAUAAGAGGCCCCUCUUUUUGCUGCCACGAUUGUCUUGAACGACUCCACCAUUGCAGGCUUGGCGAUUUGGCUGCUACGUCAAGAUCUUGCCCAAUAGCAGCCCACCAGCCCCCUGCACGAGGCGUUGAGGCGGACCACAGAUGCUUCUUCUCUUCUCACCAAUGUUACUCUCUCCAACUCACAGUCCCGUCAGUCAGUCAGUGUGUGAGUGUCUGUCUCACAAGGGGUCGGUGAUCACUUUAGUCUGUUAUCAGAUCGCCGUAGUUACACUCAGGAGAACAUACAAAAUGCUGUGCUUUGGCCCGCGUGUUGCUCCGUGAAGUCUUUCCCCCUUCACACACACUUCAUCCAUCAGUGCUCCGCUUUGCGGCAAUCUGGAACCACGCUUCUCGCUUCCCGGCUUCAGUCAGUCCUCUGUGCCGUCGAUCGGCGAGAUGUCGGUGCAGGAAUCCGAUAACCUGCCUCUCUUUGACUCCCCUUCGGCGUCCUCCAACAUUGGAUGACGGUCGACCGACUCUGGGCGGAAUCGCGUGUUGGAGAAGCAGACUUGAGCUUUUGUUGGGACGAGCCGCAAGUUCCUUUCUACUACCAAGGGACUACCUACAUCAUCCACCAUCCGACUGAGGGAGCGAGGCCCGGAGACUUGGAGACUUCUUGUCCAAAGACUUCAACAAAGGCUGGCCGACGCCGCAGCGCUGCAGACGGUGUCCAAAAGUAGGCGGAUGCACUGUGCAGCAUAACCAUCCCCUGCCACUCUUCCCUGCUCUGCCUGUGCCGACCCAGCGCCCGCCCGCCAAAUUCUGUGUGGUGCAAGGUGCGCUCUGCGCUUUGCCUCUCCCCACCGUGCGACACCACCCAGCCCACCCUACCCACCUUUUCUUUCACCACCGCAUCCAUCUCUCCAUCCUCGGUCCUCCUCCCGCCUCUUCGUUACUCGCUCCCCCAGUUCGCACCGGUCGACGACCUCAAUUCUUCAACUCUUCUUCUUGUUUGUUGUUCUUGUCAUUUUAGGCUUUGGCCACUGCCCGCUCCCUCCACCCAUCCCCCCGUUCCCCCCGUCCGUCGCCCCGUUCCCUGCCACCCACCAUGGCUGCUUAAUUGCAAAAGCCAAUUGCCCGUCCGCCGCCAUAGCGAUCCACUCGUCCCGUCUGACACCGCUGUUCAGCAUGAAGGUUCCCCCGAAGAGUGACGUCCAGCCAGUUUCCCGCCAUGGAACCUCAGCAGCCACACCGUCCCCAUCACCGCCCGUCGUAUCCCCAACUUCACAACUUAUUCCAUCCCCUGUCGCCGAACAUCCCACACCGGACUGCCAGUAGCACUCCCGUAUCGUCGCCGGGACUCUUCAGUCCAAAUCAGCCCCGCCCCAACAUGUCGCUCCCGCAGUCUCAGGUCGGCUCCGAGAGCACAACACCGGGCGGUCUGAAUAGCCCCUAUCUGCACCCGCUGCAGUCCCAUAAAGUUCGAGAAACCCACAAGGCGAAUGUCGAACACGAUGAAACAACGGGCCGAAAGUAUGUCAACAACUACGAAAUCAUUGAGGAGCUUGGCCGUGGCAUGCAUGGCAAGGUCAAGCUGGCGAGGAACAUCGAGACACAGGACUAUGUCGCCAUCAAGAUCAUCCCACGCUUUUCCAAGAAGAGGCGACUAGGAAAGGUCACCGCCAUGUCGACUCAGGACAAGAGCAAGAAGGAAAUCGCCAUCCUCAAAAAGAUUCGGCACCCGAAUGUUGUCGCCCUGCUCGAAAUCAUUGACGAUCCCGUACUGAAGAAGAUUUACAUGGUCUUGGAGCACGUCGAACUCGGCGAGGUCGUAUGGAGGAAGAAGGGUCUACCGCAUAUCUGCGCAUUUGAGCGCCGGCGCGUCGAGCGAGAGCAGCGCGGCGAGAAACCCACGCCUGAGGAGGAGCAUUACGAACACAUCUUGGAACAACGUCAGGCGUUGAAGAAUGCGAAACGGGCGAGACAGCACUCUCGAUCACAAGCCAACCCAGCCGAUUACUGGAGCCUCGAGUAUGGUGUUGAUGAAGACGACAUGGAAUAUUUCCCACAAUCACUCGGCAAGGACAUGCCAGAAGGCUAUGCUGGCCACGUGCCAUCAAGCCCGGACUCCUUUGGUGGAUCAAAAUUGACGUCUCGAGCUCCUUCGGGAACUAGACUCGCUAGUCUGAACGUAGCAUCUCGCACCGGAACCCCCGAGCCCUUCGACUUGGAAACGGCGUCAAUGAUUUGCAACGAGGACGAUCUCGAGACACCGGGGGCGAUCCGCUCCAACCCCAUGUCAGCAACGGCACUCGACGGGACCAUGUAUGGCGCCUAUCCAGACGAUCCAGCCUUCCGUGGGCGAUCACCGAGCAUGGCUGAUUCCAUCAUUUCGCACAUGUCUUCGAUUGACUAUAACAGAGUACAUGAUCCCUACGUGGACGAUUAUUCCUACGUACCGUGCUUCACCAUUGAGCAAGCGAGAAACACCUUCCGCGACACCGUUCUAGGCUUGGAGUAUCUUCACUACGAGGGUGUCGUGCACCGAGACAUCAAGCCGGCGAAUCUGCUGUGGACCAAGGACCACCGUGUCAAGAUUUCCGACUUUGGCGUUUCAUACUUUGGCCGACCUGUCCGCGAUGGUGAACCAGACGAUGCGGUAUCCGAGUCCGAAGCCCACGAUUUCGACGACGACCUCGAGCUUGCCAAGACGGUGGGCACACCCGCCUUCUUUGCGCCCGAGCUUUGCUACACAGAUGCGUAUGACGACAAGCCGGGAGCUCCGCAGCCCAAGGUGACGGAGCAGAUUGAUGUGUGGUCACUGGGUGUCACACUCUACUGCCUCAUCUAUGCUCGCAUUCCAUUCCUGGCCGAAGACGAAUGGCAAAUGUUCCGAAAGAUUGCCACGGAAGAGGUCUACAUUCCCGCUCGGCGACUCGCCCCAGUUGACCCAGCUACCAAGCCCGAUGAGAGAUCGCUAUAUACGAGAAUCAACAGACCGCCAUACCGCGAUGACGAUGUACUUCAAUAUGAGGAGGUGGAUCGGGAGCUUAUCGACUUGCUUAGGAAGAUGCUCACCAAGAAUCCCGAGAAGAGAAUUCGCCUUCGUGAUGUGAAACGGCAUCCAUGGGUGCUUCACGGCAUUCCCAAUAUCCUGGCGUGGCUCGAUGAUACCGAUCCGUCUCGACGCACAUCUGGACGCAAAAUUCAGGUUGACGAGAAGGAAGUAGCUCGUGCCGUGGUUCCCCUGACGUUGCUCGAGCGCGCCAGAUCGGCUGUCAAGAGGGCUGUCGGAAAGGUGAUGCAUCGUCAAGACCGAGCGGAGAGCGUCUCUUCACGCAGGCGGGCUACGAGCAGUGCCGCAAGCUCUGCAGGCGACAGCCCAAUCACACCCCAUCUGCGAGAAGGACGUCGCAAAAGCAUUCGUCCAGAUGAUUAUUUCACCAACUCGACGCCACAGACUCAGCCCCAGAGCGAGCACCCCUUAACGCAAAGCGUGGUGGCCAGUCCGCUUAACAGCCCCCCCACGGAGCCGCAUCGCGAACCUACGCCCCGCCAGGUACUCGAGCUCGUGACUAAUAAUCUCAGUGCUCGCGAUGAACGGUGGCUUGCGUCGGCCUCGGCCUCACCUUACAGAUCACUACCUCGUCAUGGUCCCUCUCGAUCUGUCAACAACGCCUUCCUCAGCCUUACUCCCGGGCCCGGUGAGAUACGGACAAUGCCGCCAACCCCCUUGUUUGAUCCUGCGACCGAGGAUCCCAGCAGCGCCUUGCGCAAAGCCCGGGACAUCCGUCCCAUUACCGACGAUCUGGGCCGGGCAAGAUCUGUGGAUCGGGGGCUUUUCGCUAGCACCGAUAAGCGCGCCGAACCAAAGGUCUCGUUGAGCACGGCUAUGGCCCCAGGAAACAUGACUUUCACACAGAAGCCGCUCACCUCCCGCUCGGUUGAGGUUGCCAGAGACCUGGACCGUGAACGUGUUGCUCAGUCUCCCAUUCUGAGCGCGCUGGGAGGCUAUCACUAUCCCCAGCCAAAGUCGGACCCAAACAUUCAGAGACAGCGGUGCGCCGUAGAGCUUGACGAGAGGCCGCAGACGGCCCGCCGUGUGGAAGACCUGCCCGAGGUAAAGACACCGCAGCAACGCCAGCGACGGGUUUCCCUGUUGGAGCCGUCUCCAAGGACACAGUUCCCGUUGCGCCAGCCUACUCCUCCCAUGGCCGAAGUCGACCCCGCCCUCAUCCCUUGUCCUCCAUCGCCCGAGGACGAUGUGUUCCACCCCGAGCCCCUUUCGCGAGGAGAGACCGUGGUGACGAUGAAAUCAUCUAGUUCGGCUUCCAUUGGCGCCUUGACGACACCUCUCACAAGCCCCAGCGAGGCGGCGAGCCCAGUCUAUGGAAUCAACUCGCAGCCUGCCAAGGAUGCUACAGAGCACAUGCUUGCCUUCCAGUCGGAUCCUUCCUUGCCAGCUCUUCUUAGCAGCACCAGCUCUGUUUCAGCCGACCUGGAAGGCGAAUUCCUCGGCAACCCCGGGGUUGUUGGUGGACACACGGUGAUUGACACAACCGACACAAUCACACCGCCAGCCUUUUCGAAAGAGCCAGCCUUGGGAUUCCCUCUCGAGGACCAAACCCGGAAGGAUAUCGUUAACCUCAGACUAGACGAGAGAGCCCGUCCAGCCAGCGCCAUGGGGACCAGCCGAGGCCGUCAAGUAUCGCGGAAUCACCACGCUGACCACGAUCACGAUGAUGACAGUGACAGUGAUGAGGGACUGGUCAUGGCCAAAUCGAAGAAGCGCCACCCGCCUCGGGAGAAUCAGUCGGUGGGCCGGUUAAUCGUAACCACCCGCCGGAGAGACACCAACGCCAGUAUUGGCAGCACCGAAACUGCCAAGAAGAUCAUUGUCGAUGACGAGUGA